AUGAACUGUCUCCGAGCAAUGCAGGUUAAUUGGCGGCGCCCAUCUCCUCAUGAAGCAGGUCAAAACUAUCUAAUCCCUUUCUUUCUCGUUCUCUCUCACUCUCGGCGCCAUAUUUGUUUUCCCAACAGCGCCAUUCGUAGUAACAAUCGAAUCUCUCAAAUGGGCGUCUGUAAAGGAUGUGAUUUACAUUACUGUAUACCGACUUUUGCCGCAUCUGUUUUAUUUUUUUCAUGUUUAUUUAUCUGUCUAUAUUUAUCUAUAUUCGCCAGUCCAUUAUCUAUCUAUCUAUCUAUCUAUCUAUCUAUCUAUCUAUCUAUCUAUCUCAGUCUCUGUCUAUUUUUGUCGUAUUCUAUCCAUAUCCAUUUCAUUCUUUUUAUAGUCAACUUCAUCCCGCCUAUCUGUCUAGCGCUUCCUGUCUCUUGUGCGCAUGCUUGGCAAUGCAAAAGUGAGCAUUUCUUUCUUUCCCAUGAAGACACUUGA